AGAGCGUUCAGUGUAUCGGCUUACAACACAGAAUUGUCAGUCUGUUUAUUCACGCACGAGCUUCCAUCGAACCUCACUAAACACUCUCUCCGUGCCGUUUGAGGUGGAUCAUUAUGGACAGAUUUACUAAAAGAGCCGCUGGCAUCGUCGUCGUGAAUAAGACCUCUGCUAAAAAGUAACGCUGGCAGCUUGGUUUAUAUUUAAUACCUUAUGCAGAUUCGUGCGAUGGAAUUUUAACAGCCGUUGAAAGUGUCGCAAUACUUUCGAUAUUUGCAGAAUCGAGCAGGGGAUUUUUGCUAACGCAAUAGAGUAGUCGAUGUUUGUUUCGUAAGAAGUCGUGCUUUUACCACUUACUGCUACAUCGUGCCUUGAUAUCAUCGGCACUGAAUGCGUAGGAAAUUGAGCAAGUUGGAUAACGCCCGAUUCAUUGCAAUAUUUCAAGGAUUUAUCGCCUCAAGUGUCAACGAACCAGACGUGUUUGGUCACAUUUCAACCGACGUUUAAACCGAAAGACGAUUAUUAAUUUUCACAUUCAAAUGGACUCCUGCCCUUACACGGGUAUUAGAUUGUACUAAAAUACAAGCUUAUACACACGGGAGCUUAAUCGUUGCGCAUUUUAUCAUCAAAAUUCACAGCACGGCGUUUGCAUCAAGUCACGAAUCGAAGUGCCUGUCGGUUGACUGACAGGAGUGUCACAUUUAUUUAGUUGUCACUAGAGAGAAGCACGUGCCCCUUCGUGGAAACCCAAUUUUUUAGUAAUUUCAUCCUCGCACAUCGAAGUAUGCAGUCAUUCCUCUUCGGCUGGCUCUAGGAGAUAAAUUAAUCAACAGAUACGGUGGACGCUUUUGGAUUAAUUUGCCAACAUGAGGUGGAUUCUACUCCUCCUAGCCUUCGCUCUAGCGUACAGGGAAGGGCAAGCUUCCCUGUGCUGUGAACAUGCCUCAUCAAACUACGCAUGCCAUCGCACAUGCCAGCAACUUGCAGACUUGGGACAUGGUAACCAUCACACACAAGAAAUACAGUAUCUGGCAGACAUAGUGAAGAACUGUCCCAAAGAUCUGAGUGACUUCUGGAGGUGUGUUGGAGUGUCUUACACAGCACUACAAGACAUAGAGAGGUUCUAUGGCCGACCUUGCUGCGACCUUGCCAUUAUGAACAGCUGUAGGCGGUCCUGUGUCUCGGCUGGCUCUAUAGCUGACUUGAUGUGCAGACAAAGUGAUGAGUUGCUGUUUUACAGUUGUAUAGAAAGACAGCAGAAGGGAGACACCUGUUGUGCCUAUGCCACAAGUUUGGACUGUAAGCUCACAUGCCGUGCAUUAUUCGUUGGCGAGACCUCACCGUCCAGAGAACAAAAACAGUCUGUCAAUGAGCAUUGCAGCAACGACAAUCCACGUGUCUUAGCAUGCGUGACAAAUUCAACGCAGCCUACGCAAGUUAAUAGACCAGAAGAAAGUUUACAUUGCUGUGAUAAAGCGCCAAGCCAAAGCUGCAAAGAAAUUUGCAGACGUGUUCUUGUUUCCAUGGAAACAGAGCAGGAAAUUGUGGAAACACUGAUUGACGAGUGCCAAAGUCCAGUGAACCCUAUUGAUCCAAUGUGGCAGUGUUUCCUAUCAAAAUCGGUUGACAAUGACGUUAAGCAGGUGAAGGAAAGUGUAAUAGACGACACGGGCAUCGACAGCGCCAAACUACAGUGUUGUGCCAAGGCAACACUAAAAUCAUGUAGAGACCUAUGCAUUGAGUCGUAUGGUAAAAGGUGGUCCGACACCUACAAUAGUUUCUUCACCCAGUGUCUUAGGCAACAAGUAGAACAGGAGAUGAUGAUGUGUAUAGCUGAGGUUGAUGAACCUUGCACCCAGGGCUGUAGUGGGCUGGAUUACUGCAGCAACUUCAACCACCGUCCCACGGAAUUAUUCCGCAGCUGCAACAGAAGGGCAGACCAAGUGGCACAGACCAAUGUUGACUCGUGGAAGACAGGACUGAUAACUCUACCUCAAGCCCAUCUUAGUAUUCCUCUCAAAGAUAUAACGAGAUGUAAGCCCGAAAUGUGGAAAGCCAUCUCCUGUGCCCUGCAGAUCAAACCUUGCAGAAGUGGCUCCCAUGCCAGCACAGUGUGCAGGUCUGACUGUCUUGAAAUGAUACAUACAUGUGUGGACCAAUCACGCUUGCGGGGACAGACACCAGAGGGCAUCUGUAACAUGAUCUCGCCUGUCGAUAACUCCAGUGAAUGCAUUUCUUUGGCAAAAUAUCUAGCUCCAAGCCCCCACAUCCCUGUACACCAAGAAGUGACGAGCCUGUGUCAUCCCAAUCCCUGUAACAAGAGCCAGGUGUGCCAAGUGAACAGGCGCAAGUGUAAACAUCCUGACAGGUGUAAACCUUACGUGUGUAAACCAGCAUGCCCAAUGGGUGAAGUGUCGACAUUAUAUGUCCCACGUAACAUGUACGUGCACGUGCCAGACCCGAGCAGAAAGACGAACUGCUUCAAAGUCUGUAAAUGUGGUCAUCGAGGCCUUCUGGACCAGUGUCAGUCAUUGCCCUGCACCAAGACUAUGAUCUGUUUAAUGGGAGAACAGAAAAAAGAGAUAAAAGAACAUGGUAGCAUAUUUACUUCCGAGUGCAAUAAAUGUGCGUGUGUGUCUGGUGAAAUGGUCUGCACACAAAAACACUGUCUGAGCCCCUGGGCAUCCUUGGCCACCAAGCAGAACUACACCGGUUUGCCUUGUAACUGUGACAUCCAGUAUGUCCCUGUGUGUGGUGCAAAUGGGAAAACAUAUCCAAGUUCUUGUGUGGCAAAAUGUUUGGGCCUCAGGGACAGCCAGAUCCAACCAGGCGCAUGUAGCAAACAGAAUCCCUGUGCAAACAAUCCUUGUGCCGCGGAGGAGGUGUGUGUGCCAAGAAAAAAAGAGAGCAUGAGCUCCCAUCAGGCUGUGGUACAGUAUGAUUGUGUGUCCACCACAGUCUGUAGUCACCACAAGCAUGAUCCAGUGUGCGACACAGAAGGCAGAGAACAUACAAAUCUGUGUCUGUUGUUACAACAGGGGAAGAAACUGGCUUACUGGGGCCACUGCACGAAUUCUUGUGUUGUGCAUGGAGAAGUCUGUGGCAGUAAUGGGGAGACAUAUGUCCAUGAAUGUGCCGCUUGGGGAGAAAGGGUCACCGUUGACUACCCAGGACCUUGUAUCACAACUGGACACCUAACUACUGAGGCAAUGACCUCUGGCCCCUCUUGUGACCUUGUGACUUGCCCUGUGCUGCCCCCUAGGUGUGUGGGAGUGACACCACCUGGAGGAUGUUGUCCACAGUGUGCGAGCGAAAUCCGAGUUCUCUACAGCACUGCCAUGGUGGACAGGUCAGCUGACCACAUUGAGCCAAUCACAGUGCAGACAGUCACAGAGCACCUGCGACACCAUGUGACCAUCCUGGAGUGUGAUGUCUUUGGUUACCUCAGCAUAGAGGGAGAUCUGGUGAUUCUUAUAAAAGCAAUUACAAAGUCCCCUACACCUCUUCAGGUCCAGGCAUGCAACACGGAGGCAGAAAAAAUAGCAUCCCUCAUCCAACUUAAAAGUCCCUGCAUUAUGUCUGAUCUUGUGCUAUCACCUCUCAUCACAGCAGACAUACGGGGUGCUCAAAUACAGACCUUGAACAGUGCAGCCAAUCAAAUCCCUUCAUUGCAUUUACUGCUGCUUACCUCACUGGUGGUGGCUCUGGUAUCCAGGGCAACAGACUGUAGCUAG